UAAUAUUAUAUUAUAAUGGACAAAUCAGUCAUUAAUCGUUCUCCUUUAAACACUAGUAAGAGCAAGCAAAUGUAUACUUUUCCAAAAGCUAAACGUUGGUUAGAAGUGAAAGAUAAUCUGUAAGAAAUAAAUUAAUUAUAGUUGUCCACCCAUAUAUUAAUUACCAACCACUUUAAGUAAAAGAGGGGCAGGGAUUGGAUAUGGAAAGAAAACCAAUUUGACUCAUGAAACCAUUACACCUGCUCCUAAUUUUUAUACAAUUCAAAAAAUCCAAUAACAUGGAUGGACAAUGGGAUUAGGAAGGGAAGUAGAUUAGUCUUAUCUAUUUGAAAAUAGCAUGCAAACAAAUAUGAGAGUAUCUUUUAAGGACUAGUAUAAAACACACCAGGGCCAGGAACCUAUAAAUUCAAAGAUUCCAUAUCUCCAGUUCGUUACAGUAUGAGAUAAAGAUUUUCAACUCGUAAAGAUGUAGAGAAUAAACCUGGACCGUAUGGGUACUCAUAUAUUUUAGUGGUCAUUACAAUUUACCAACCAGCAUUAAUAGUAGAGGGAUAUAUGCUCUUAGUUAAUAUAGAAAGUAUAAUCAUAAUUAAAUAUAACUCCAAGCUCUGGAGCUGUUGUAUUAUCUCCUCCAAAAACUAAUUCAGAGAGAAAAAUCAGAGAUAAUACACCUGGCCCUGGUUAAUACAAAGAAAUUGGUAGUAUUGAUCCAAAAGGGACAUACUUCUGCUCAAAAUUUACUGCAAGUAAAUGCAACAAAUUUCCAAGAGCACAUCGGACUAUGUCUGAAUAUCGUGAUCGAUCACCUGGACCUGGAACAUAUAAAUUACCCACUGAAUUUGGAAUUUGA